UUAGCCGCGAUUCACCUACAAUUGUGAAUAUAGGAUUGAGUGCCGGUUGAUGUGGUAGUGAAUAAUCUACGAAGAUAACAUUAGCGAGCAACGCUAUAGCCAUAAAAGUUGUGUUUAAUGUAAUAACUAUAUCAGUGUAAGCUUGUAACUAAAAGUAAAGACUAAGAUAAAAAGAUAUUUUAAAGUUCUAUAUUACUUUAGUGACUUAGUCAAACUAUAAACAAAGAUAAGCCAGGUCCUGUAACGGUGAGACUAAAAGUCGCCGUAUGUGAAGCAAAUUUCUGGCUAGGCUAAGCUCAUUUUUCCUCAUCGUUGGUUAGGCCUAAACAGUGGUUCGUCUUAACCUAAAGCAAUCACAAUGUGUCCUGUUGUAUUAUUAGCGAUGAUUAUGGGCUUUCUUAUGUUCUUAUUAGAAUUAACAGCUGCCAUCACAGUAAAGUUUAUGCCAAAUCGUGUAGAUAAACUAAAAGUAGGUGAUGAGAAAAAUGUGAGUUUCUCACUCGUCGAUUUCAAGAUAGAAGAUCGCAGUCAAUACCAAGUACUGGUGGCAGAUCCGUUUGUGGCUGAUGUGAAAAAUAACGUAUUUAACCAGACCGAAAUUCGUGGCAGUGGAACAAAUAGUGAAACCUAUAAUGGUAGUUUCAUUUUAACAGGCAAAUUUUUAGGACAUACAUAUGUUCGUGUCAAGGCAGUAUCAAAAUCGGAGUUUAAGGACGAUGAAUCUGAGCCAUUGAAAAUCAGUGUUAUUAGGAAGGAAAGUACGUUAUCGAAAGUCUUCAUUGUGUCCGUAGCAACGUUAGUUUCAUUAAAUUAUAUUAAUAUGGGUUGUGCGCUAGAUAUGAAUAUUAUUUUAGCCGUUUUAAAAAAGCCUAUUGCACCAGCUAUAGGGUUCGGCUGUCAGUAUGUUUUCAUGCCUUUGAUAGCCUAUGGAAUUGGGAAACUUCUUUUUGAUUCACCUAUUCUUCAACUUGGUCUGUUCAUAUUUGGCUGCAGUCCAGGAGGAGGGGCUAGCAACAUGUGGACAGUCCUACUUAAUGGAAACCUGGACCUCAGCAUCACCAUGACUUUUAUUAGUACUCUUACUUCCUUAGGUAUGAUGCCCCUAUGGAUAUUUACUCUAGGCAAGACGCUCUUUAAUGGAACUACUCGAAUUCCAUUUAAAAACAUUUUCAUUUCUCUUGUGAGCAUGGUGAUACCUCUAGGGAUUGGACUAUUAAUCCAAAAGUUCUUUCCGAAGGCAGCCAAGUUGGGGCGCCGUAUCCUAGCUCCAGCAUGCAUUUUAAUGAUUAUUUACAUAGUGGCUUUUGGAACUUACGCCAACCUGUACAUGUUUAAACUUUUCUCUUGGCGAGUGGUAAUAGCUGCCCUCAUCAACGUGUGGUUCGGAUUCCUUGUUGGAGCUCUUGCUGCUCGCCUGAUUGGUCGACCUGUUGAAGACGUCAUUGCGAUCGCCGUUGAAACCGGGGUUCAGAAUACAGGAAUCUCUAUCGUUCUACUGGGUUUCUCCUUGCCGCAACCAGAUGCAGAUUUGGCUUCCGUUGCACCUGUCGCAGCGUCUAUUAUGAUGCCAAUUCCUCUGGUGAUAAUUUAUAUCAUUCAGAAGAUACGAGCUUGCUGUCGUAACGAGCACAAAGAUGCGGUUCAAGAAGAUGUAACGAAAGAGGAAAAACACACUAAAGUUUUGGAAUCACCUACCAGCACUGAUACUACGAUAGCUGUCAAUGAGCACAUGUAAUAAAUGAAACUGUUGACGAGUACAUUUUUAGUAGGUAGAUUACGUUUUACGUCCAAUAUUAAGAAUCGCAGAAAUCCAAACUGCCAUCAGGAGUCGUGAAAUACAUGUUUCUCUCUGGACCUUUUAUGUAGGGUAAUGCUUUGCUAAUUCAAAAAUACGAAACUAAUAAAUAGGUAAGACUUUCAUUUAUCAAACCAAGUGCUUUGAUUUUACACGAAAGACUAAAAUACAGACCUAAGCAUACUUUAGUUUUCAGAGUAGACCAGGAAGAGUGCCAUCAAUAAUAUAUCAUCUUUCACUGAUGUUUUAUUAAUUAACGAACAAAAAUAUUUGGAAAUUAACAAUUUAUCAUAUUAAUCACAAAGCUACACAAGGAGCUAUAUGUGCUGUGCCUGCUGCAAGUAUCGAAACCCGAUUUUUAGCGUUAUAAGCCCCCAGACUUGCCGCUCAACCACCGGGUAGCGACAAGGAUUAUUAAUACGUUUUCGUAAAGAAGUAUGGGAAUCUUUAGCGCUUCUACUUUGGGUAAUUUUUGACAAACAGCAAUAGUUGAGUAUUAACAAAGAGUAUGUCCUCCGGUGGUCAGUGAUAAGCUUAUGGACUUACAAUGCUAAAAUCCAUGGUUCGAUUCGCCGCGGUGAACAGAGUACGGGUAGCCAGACCAUUGUGUGGCUUUAUGCAAAGAUAAAAAAAGAUAACUAUACGUUUUCGCUCCUUAAAUAAAUAAGGACGUCUUUUUCACCUCUGUUUUUCUAAUUUUAUAAAUUAGUAUUAUCGUGUUCCCCGGUGAGUCAGCGGUACGUUUACGGAUUUGCAACGCUAGAAUCCUGAUAGUCCCUUAGCACUAAAUUAAAUACAAGUAUUAUCUUCAUGUCAUAUUAUGUGCUAGGAAGACACCCAACAAGUAACUGUUCGUAGUUUAGUAUUUGUUAUUUUGUUGAUGCUGUUGUUAAUUAACUAAUCUAUAUUAAUCAAUUGAUUUUCGUGCUGAGCGUGGCCUAAUGCUAGUUUACUAAUUCCGAAUUGAACUUCCAAGGUUCGACUCGUGAUAUAUUGCUGAAUACGCUCCGUAUACAUUCAGUUGUGAGAUCAUUCAGUAACUACAUCAAAGGGGGCGCUGCUAAAUAGUUGUUCACACUCUGGUCAGCAGUUCUAAAUUAGAAAAGGUUGAGCCCGAAUUUUGGGGUUGUCUACUCAGGUUGACAAUACUUUUAUUGUUGGUUUUCAAAUUGAACUCGCAAUUAUCAUGGAAAUAUAAAAAUUUGGUACAUAAACAAUAAAUUAAGUUUUUUAUCUCGGCAAAUUUUGAUGAUUUGUGUAGCAUUUCUUAACAAUGUUAUCUUUUUUUAAGAAUAUAGAAAUAAGUUUCUGUAGCUUUCAGUUUUAGAAAUUGAUCACUGAAGUUGUUGAUUAGCGAUAUUACCCUAUCAGCCAGUCAGGCUACUCAUGUACAACUCAAGAACAAUUAGAUCCAAAAUAAUAAUAAACGUUAUAUGUAACUACUGAGAGCAAGAAAAUUUCGCGAGGGGGCGCUCUUGAGAACUUAUAUGAAUUUUGUAGCACCAACUAUAUCUGAAUAAUAAAGUAUAGAGGAAUACGCCGUGGGUGAAAGAUGACCAUCUUAUUUUACUUAUUUCACGUUUAUUUUGUUAUUCAAUGCUGUAUCUCAAUAACUGCUAGUUUACUUUGACAUUUUCUUCGUAUAGAGUGGAAUGUAAGAUGUAGAUAACAUUGAAACUGCACUGGUUGGAUGGAAAUUAAAAAAAAACAAGUUUUUGUUUGAAAUUCGUAUUUUAAAGCCUAGGGUUUAAAGGUAUUUUUUUGUUUUUAAGUGUUAUGUAUGUUAUCUAAUCAUUUAAUCUGUAAUGACCAAUUUAAAGAUUUUAUGGUUUGUACUCGUAUUGUAUUGUGAUAGUUAGGACUAAUCUAUAUUUUUCAUUGACGUCAACGUGUUGAUAAAAACAUUAGGAUGUUUUUGCUGCUUUUUCUAAGUUAGCCAUUAGAUUUUAGAACUUUAUACGAUUAUUUCACCACAUAUUUUAUUGAUUUUUCACAGAAGAUACGCUGGUACUCCAGUUUAUGUCAUAAUAUUGUCCUAACCCUUCAUUAUGUAAAACUCAGCAAACAAGAACGCAAAACGAAUCUUUCAUGGUUUGUUUACAUCUGUAUUUACAAAUAACUCGAAAUAAGUACUUUUCUAGCAGUUCCCCGGUAGGUCAGUUGUAUGUUUAGAGGCUUACAACGCCAAAAUCUGGGGUUCGAUUCCCCGUGGUGGACAGAGUUGAGAUUGCUUUUUUUCUAAAAACAAUAAGAAACGUCCCUACUAAGUGAAUGUCGUUACAACUAACAGUCAUACUUUAAUGUUAUUAUAUAGCUAACAAAAAGAAGAUUAAUUAUUGUUAAUAACCACAUUCUUGUAUGCAGUAAUAGAGUAAAAAGUGAUGGCUUAGCAUCCACGUGACGACACGCCAGCUGGUUUUAAAAAAAAACACCAGGUUGAAUUCGUUAUUGCUGCGCAUCGGAUCAGACAUGGUGCAGUGCUUUGCUGUGAAAUACCGCCGUCAAAGUGAAAGAGGGAGUUGUAAAUUCCCAUAGGAUCAUCAAUGAAGAGGUGGAAAGAAUUAUACAGGUAAAGUACACAGAAUAAAUGUGUGUGUUUUUUAAGCCGAGCACUAUCUAGUUCACAAUACUCUUAGCAGAGCUCUCAGGUAAUUGAUUUUGGAAAGAUUGGGAUUUUGUGUUGAUGUGUGGGGUGGGGGUGAGGAGACCCUCCACCGAGGCAUUCUGAGUAAUUUUAAGACUUUAUAUGCAGCAUUUUCAGAGUAUUUUAUUUAGGAAUUAUUUAAAACUGUAAAAUUUCAUAACAACUCUACUACAAAAUAUCAAUACUGCUUCCACGACAAAGUAUUUGCGUGAUUUUAUUCAACAUUGAAAAUUUCAUUACAUGUACCAGAAUGUUGCUUAUUAUAAUACUAUAUAGCUUGUUUUAGUAAGUCCUUCAAGGGUUCAUAUACACAACAGGAAUCUUUAUUGGCCAUUAUUAUGGUUAUCAGUUAGCCAAGUUUUCCAUCAACUUGAAGAGAUGGUCGAAAUGGGGUUUAAUUUUUUCAAAUCCGUGAAAAUACACAUUCUUUCCCUGUAUAUGAUUGUGUUAAAAUCACUAAAAUUUUAGCAACUUUACCCAGUCUGCCAACUAUAUCUGAGCUAGUAUUUGCUAGUUUAAUGGAACACAAAUGUCCCCAUAUAACAUUUGUUUGAACAGUUGAGACAGUUUCUUCAGCACCAUUGUCAUUAGGUAAGUAUUACUUGGCAGCAUUCCAAACUCUCUCUCUGGGAUAUCGGCAUCCUGGUAUUCUAUGAAUUCUUCGUAAAGCACCUCCAGUUCACUGGAACUAAGAGUAAAAAAGGCGGGAUAUCUUUCAAGGGAAGAACUCUAUAUCCUGAAAAACUGCGUUGCCUCUUUGGAAGAAAUCAAUAAACUUGGCAUGUUUAAGUGUGUCAUCAUUCUGUGGAAGUUUGUUGAAUGUCUAACCCAUUUGUAGAACAAUUUACUGUGCCUUUCUUCUACAUCACCCCCGUCAAAAAGCUUGUUUAACAGUAGCUCUGUCAACAAAAGCUGGUCAUCACAUAACUUUUGACUUUCCCCUUCAAAUUUUACAUCAGAAAUAAUUUGUGCCACAUUUAUGUUUUCGAUGGGAACGAAUUUCCCUUGGAGACGCUUAACAUAAUCUGUAAUGUGGUUAUCAACUUCAUGAAUGCAUGGGUCUUCUCUUUGAAGAAAACGAUUCAGUGUGGUGAUUGAAGGUAACACAGACUGGAAAAACGUGGUAGACUUUCACUUCCUGAGUUCGACAUAUAAUAACAGUGCUGGAAAUAUAUCAAGAUGCCACCUUACAGCAGUUUCCAGACUCAACCAACGAGUACUUGUAUAUUUCAUCACCUUCUUUAUAGUGGGCCGUUAUAGUUCCAUUUAUCAUGUAUGUUGUCUUUGUAGCAGCAGAGGCAUACUGUUUAGCGAUUUGUGAGUCCGGGAAAAUGCUUGAAAACAGUGAACUCAAGUGGUUAGUGAAAGCAAGAGGAAUGUUGUGGUUAGCCAAUGCUGUUGCGACUUUAACCUCAGCUGGAAUAACCUGCAAUGUUAACAAAAUCAUGAGAUACUUUAAAGAAUACCGUCAGAUUUUGAGACUUUCCACUAAAGUUCACAAAUUAACACCUGCUAUUAUCUUUAGCAUCAUUUUAAAAAAAUUAGUUACAAAUUUCAUAAAACUGAUUACUUGUACUAUUUAUUUUGAUUUAAAAUAAUUUAAUAGUUUCCCUAUUGAUUUUAUCUUUUCAAAGUUUUUUGAACGUAAUAUUUGCUAAGCUCAACACCCGUGGUCCUCUUGAUAGAAAUAAUUUAAAUUGAACUUUAAACCACUAAAUUUCUUUAAUUGCAGAAGGGCCGAUAGGACAGCCUACACCAACUCGAAACUGUGCAGCUGUCACUUCAAAGAACAUAAAAAAGAAAAUGGUCCAACCAUCUUCGAGUGGAACGUAAACAAAUCUUUUGACUAAUACCCAGAACCCAAAGUAUCACGGGAAAGGUACAUUAUCUUUGAACUUAUAUAACUUUCUGUCAAAUGUAAAUAGAUACGAGAAUUUUUAUUUACUAGUAUAACUUAUAUAUUCGUCUAUUUUUGAUUUCAGAAGGACAUUCUCAGAGAUUCCACAUUUUAGUGCUGAAGAAACCAGCGUCAAAUCUCUGUGUGAAAUAGAUAGAUCAAUUUCUGAUUUGAUUAUCAGAAUCUGCAGAACUAUUUUAAAUCACAAAAUCAGGGAAAAUAAAGGGAAAAUACUGGAACAGGAGAGGGAGCUUACGUAUAUGAAGAGCCAUUUCUCAUAUAAUUCCAUUAAGAAAGAUUAUUCACUUGUAAACCAUUAUAAAGGUUUACCCAAUACAAAGGACUUUGAUGACUUGUUAUUUAAGUUUAUGCUGUCGCUUUAAUUUCGAUUAUUAUUAUGGAUGGAUAGUCGACUGUAUUUCUGGUGAGGAGCAAUUAUUCAUUACUUUGAUGAAACUGAGAUGCAAUUUCAAUCACAUUGAUUUGUCAAUUAUGUUCUCGACUAUAAGUCACCACUAUAAGUAACAUCAUCCUGAUAUGGUUGCACGUCUUGCAUGAGGUACCAUAUGUCGGUAUGAUACAAGGACGCCCUAUACAAUCAGUUGAGAAGAACAAAUGCUAUCUUCUGAGCUACUUUUCCACAUUUAGCAGUUCCAGGAUUAUCUUGGACUGCACAGAGAUCCAGUAUGAUAUACCAUCCAACAUGGAGAGCAUUGUGUUAAACUUUCACAUUACAAACAGCAUAAUACACUAAAGGCUAUGGUUGGAGUAGCACCCAACUAUUAUCACAUAUACCAGUGAAAUGUAUCCAGGCUCAAUAAGUGACAAAGAGAUUGUCCACCAUAGUGGUGUCCUGAAACAUAUGAAGCCUGGAAGACCUUGUGAUCGCACAUAAAGGCUUCCUCAUACAAUAUCUCAUGCCUCUACAAGUAUCUCUAAAUCUGCCGCCAUUCUUAAACAGUGGUCAGUUUAUCGGGACCCAGGCUGAGAUCACUGUGCUAGGCUUCGUGUGGAGAGGGCUAUCCAACGGAUGAAAACUUUCUCAAUUCUAGACCAUCUUCCUCAUCAAUAUCAACCAUUAGCUAGCAAAAUAGUCCAAGUUAUUGCAUGCUUAGUAAAUCUUCAAAAUUCACUAAUCAAAGAAACUGCAUAAAGUUUGUUCAACAAUUUUAUUCAAAUGCUUGUUUCAUGGUCACUGACUUGAUAAAUGAGAUACAUGUAACUAGAAUUUGUAUGGCUUCCCAAAUUCUUAACAUCUGUACCAGGUGCCAGUCUAUUGGGAUCUUUAAAAUGUAUAUGAAUGAUCAACUUUCGUAACGUUCAUUACAGUAAGUAUACUAAUUAGAUACCAUGCUGGUACAUACAAGUUCAAACCCGAUUUUGUUCGUAUUCUCAACCGAGUAUUGAAUAGCUUUGGAUACACAAGUUUUUAACUUUAAUCGUUGUCAACAAAUAAAAAAAUGUCAAGUCGUGAUCAGUAAAAGAUUUUAUUGGUUUAUCAAUCGAGUGUUCAUUGGCAUGAAAACAUGUACUUUGUGAAUAGUUUCAUACAUUUUAGUGACAAUAUAGUACAUGUAUACAUUGACAUUUUACACUGCCAUACUUAGGUAACACAAACGAAGUAUUAUAGGUAUAAACACUGUUAUCUUAUUUUCUACGUGUAUGUUUUAACAAUAAACGCUAAUCAAUCCCACCGUUCAUAAACACAGGCAAGAACUUUGUGAACAAAAAAUCAAGCAGUCCUGUGAUAUUUUCCAUCCAAGCGGGGUCUCGGUGAACUAAAAACACGUACAUGUGGCUAGGAGAUCAAACGAUAAAAUCACACAUAUCCUGUUAGUAAGGUACAAGUUUCCUUGGACCUAGUGGUAAUAUUUAUACCCGGUAAGAUCACUGAUGUUAA